CACUUGAACGCACAGCUACUCGUUCCCCGAAGAGGUCAUGUGAACACAGCUCUGACUCCCAUUGACGACUGACUUGCUGUUUUGCCUUCAAAUCGGUGCAGUGUAGCCGCCCUUGUAUCCUGGCAUACCUGACAUGGCUCCAAUAUGAAAAUAAGAGGUUCUGCGGCGAGGUUAGCCUCUUGAAGCCAGCCCGAGACCAGGGGAGGAAAGCAAAACUGCGACGUUUUCUCCGAGGCAGUGCAAAGCUGUCAAUGCUGGACUCUUUGACCUCCAGGCAUUACGAUCUGUGAGGCUGGGGGAGACGACACCCAGCCGACAACCCGUCCCAACAUGAUGGCCUCCAGUGAUGUGGACACGAGAGGUGAAGGUUCUUUACUCUCUGACCAAAAUCCAUCAGAAAUGGAUGCUCUCUGUCCUUCUCCUCCGGGACCUUCCAGACCUCAGCGUAACUAUGAGAGGAUUGGUGAACGGACGGGGACCUCUUUUUGCCAGACUCUUAUCCACUUGUUGAAAGGGAACAUUGGUACGGGGCUGCUGGGUCUGCCUCUGGCUGUUAAGAAUGCAGGUCUGGUGCUCGGACCUGUCAGCCUGCUGUGUAUGGGAAUCGUAGCAGUCCACUGUAUGAGGAUGCUGGUCCAAUGUUCACACCACCUUGGUGCAAAAGUGAACAGGCCAUUUCUGACAUACGGUGAAGCGAUGCAGCAUGGGAUGGAAAAUGUUUCAUGGCUGAGGAGACAUUCGCAGUGGGGAAAACAGACUGUGAACUUGUUUCUAAUCAUCACCCAGCUUGGCUUCUGCUGCGUCUACUUUGUCUUCCUCAGCGACAAUAUCAAGCAGGUGGUUGAAGCAGCCAAUGCCACCACCUUCAGCUGCCACAUGAACCUCACCAACCAGACGCAGGUCCUGGUGCCGAGCUUCGACUCCCGUCUCUACAUGCUCUGCUUCCUGCCCCCCUUCAUCCUACUGGUCUUCACCCCCAACCUGAAGUACCUGGCUCCCCUCUCCCUGAUUGCCAACCUGGUCAUGACGGCCAGCCUGAUCCUCAUCUACUUCUACUCUCUGACCAACAUCCACUACCCCAUCGACCUACCGAAGGUGGGCAGAGCUAAAGACUACCCUCUCUUCUUUGGGACGGCCAUCUUCGCCUUCGAAGGGAUCGGAGUGGUUCUUCCCCUUGAGAACAAGAUGCAGAGGCCUCAGAGAUUCAUCCCCGUUCUGUAUUCUGGGAUGGGCAUCGUCACGUUCCUCUACAUCAGCCUGGGCACCAUAGGAUACAUGUGCUUUGGAGAGCACAUAGGAGGGAGCAUCACCCUUAACCUGCCAAACUGCUGGAUGUACCAGGCCGUGAAGCUGCUCUACUGUUUUGGUAUCUUCAUCACCUUCGCCCUGCAGUUCUACGUACCAGCUGAGAUUCUCAUUCCACCAGUUUUGGCCCGUGUGCCCGAGAGGUGGGAGAAGCCCGUCGACCUUUUGCUCCGCACCCUGUUGGUCAUCUUCACAUGUGCCCUCGCCAUCCUGAUACCCGAGCUGGACCUCGUCAUCUCAUUGGUGGGCUCGGUCAGCAGCAGUUUCCUGGCGCUGAUUUUCCCCCCCUUACUUCAGAUCCUCACGUUUCACACAGAGGGCCUUUCGCCGCUGAUGACCAUCAAGAACGUCGUCAUCAGCCUGAUUGGGCUCAUCGGGUUCCUCACGGGAACCUACAUAGCCAUCGAGCAAAUCAUCCAGCGGAACGGACUCAAACUCACAGAGGAGGCGUUCUCUCCCUACCUGGUGCAGUGAUAAAGUGACUGUUGGCAGGUGGACAUGAACACACCCACACACCAUUCAGAAACCAUUUUUAGGGCACAUUUAUUAUUAUUGUCUUUAAUUUGCUACUGUUGGAUGUGGUGGCCAUUUUAAAUUAAUCUAGCACAUGUUUUAAAGAGUUUCAAAGUCCAGUUAUUUAGUGCAAUGUAAUGAUAAUAUCAGUAUGAUUAAAAACCGCAUCAUUCCUUCAGGAGCAAGAUACUUUUAGAAGACUUCUGAGAGGCUUUUAAAGGUUAUAUAUCGUCUGGUGUGUUUUAAUAUUUCAGUCAGAAAAAUCAAACUACCUCACAGACUGGUAUCGAUUUGGAUCUUUGAAAGUCCGGAUUAGACACUGUUGCUGAAGUAGUGUUGACUUUAAAACUUUAUCCCAAGCAGCUUCUCCUGUAGAGCUUUUAGAGUUUCACCAACCACCCUUCUUCUCAUUUAGACAAAGACAACUUCACUUUUUGUUGCACUUUGAUUUAUGCCUUAUUCAGUGGAAUGGCGCUCUACUUUAAAAUGAUUCCAACAAUCAAGUAACUGUAGCCGAAAAAUAAAUGUUUUAAACUUUUCAUAGAAAAAAAGGGGUUGAGUAUCCAAAUGGUUUGAGCUCUGAUUCAUGAAACCAAAAUAUUCUUGAGGAUUGUGCUUUUCAAUUUGUCUAUUGACUCCUGCUGCGUAUGUCUACAUCAUCGUGUAUUAAGGAUGCCUUAGAGCGAUUAUUAAACCUGUGACAUCACAUAUAUGUUUGGGGGGGGGCUUUUGGGCCAGGAAAGCUAUAGAGAGACAGGAAAAAGCAUCUGUAUAUGGAACACCUGCGUGACUAACUGAGCGAUACUGGCACUAAAUAUUAACACUCAAUAGUUUUAAAGCACUUAGAUCAUGUCUGCUUACUUUCAGAAAAACAAAAGAUUAGAAGGUUGUUAUCCUGACGAUGAAUCUUUCACCAUCAUCUUGGUGGUUAACUCUCAAGUGAUAAGUGAAAUCUGCGUUACGGAGCAGACAUUUGCAGAUUAUUGUCUGUCGUCCAUUGUCCAUCUUAAAGUUUGUGAUGUUUUUGGCGCCCCCUGGAAUAAAAGCAGUAUGCUUUAUCUCUUUUGAUCUGGCCCUUUAUGAGUAGGUAGGUGGUGUUUUCUGGCAAAAAGGUUAAAUCCUUCUUUCUUUUAAAUGUAAAAUAUGCAACUCUUGAUCUAAUAAAUGUUGAAUUCCAAAGUGCAGCCGUUUGUAGGACUAAUUUCCCUUCAGAUAAGGAGCCAAACUGUCAUUGGGUUCUUAUUUCUUUGAAGUACCAAACAAAGUAUUUCAUUCGGUUUGGAAAGUCUGACAGUUUUCCUGCAAUUGUACUACAAUGACACUCUGCAAUUAUUCCUCUACAAACAACGUCCUUGUUCAACUGAGGGGAUGACUCUCGUUCAGUGACUAGGAGGAAUUCAUAUGCCCCCCCCCCCGGUAGCCGUGGUUACAGGAUUCAUAAUCUUCUUCUUGAUGGUCUCAUUUGCUGUUUUCGGUAAUAAAGAGGCAUCAGUAUGAUAACAGUCUGUUUCAUAACCUGAUAAGAACUCCUCACAGAUGCAAUAACUAAUCAAACAGAACAACAACCGCAUUUUGCUGGUUGAUGAGCAAUACUUUUAAUAUAGUACGCUCAAAUUACAAAUUGCGUUUGAUCGUCUGCAUCUUUCCGUUCAGUUUGACCAGGAUUUGAUUAACACUGAAAAGCACAACCAGAAUCAAUGAAAUCAAACUGAUGCUCGACACAGGAAGAAAAUUAGUUUGAUUAAAUAAAAAACAAAUCAGAUUUAAGACAUUUUUACUGCUUUGAUGUUGGAGGACAUCAGACUUAUUUUUCUUUUCCUUUUUUCUGUCUUUUUAUUUUUUUUAUCUGAAUAUUUUUUUUUAUGUGUUUGUAUGUUUUAAUAUAUUUACUAAAUGAAAGGCUUUUUCUAUAGUUUUUUUUUUUUUUUCGAUAUUCAACAGCUUAGUAGACUUACACCUAACUUUUAAAAUGUGCUUUCAGAUUAAUGACAGAGAGGCUCUGCAUGUAAGAUAAUGUAAUAUCAGUGUAUCAUAGAACUUAAGUUUUAUUUCCAGGCUGUAGGUAUAUUAUCAAGGUAAACCCUGUUAAUCUGCUUUAGUGAGCAGAGAAGGACAAAGACGUACUGUAAGUUCACUCUAAAGCUUCUGUACUGUUGUCUUCAGUGUUUCUGUGGCAGUAUAAAGUUAUUCAUGGUUAUUAUCGAGCAGAUGACAUGCUGGUGUUUAUCAGUGGAAAUGUGUCUCUGAGGAUGAACACUUUUAGCCUUAUGUGUAAAGAAUUUGUUGACGUCAUUUGUGUUAGUGUGAACACAUUUGUUGCACAUGUAAACGUCUGCACACGUGUACGACAAUGUUGAGUCUCUUUUGAAGCGACAAAAUGCCCAUUAUUAUUAUCCGUCACCUUUUGAUUAUGUGCUAAAACUGUUCAGAUGAGAUUUCCUGCAUUUUUACCCAUUGGACACUUUAAGAAAUGAUGAUGAUGAUGUGCAGCGACCCAAAGAAGACUAGAUUAACUUCACUCACUUGAUUUUAGGGCUGCAACUAAGAAUGAUUUAACUCAGUUUUAACUAUUUGUUAUUUUUGUAAUUAAUCGAUUAAUCGUCCAGUUAAACAGACACUUGAACUUAAACAAACGUUAUCCAAAUAAACUGUUGUUUUAUUAAUGUAAUCAACCCAGCAGACAAGACACACAUCUCAAUCAGAGAUACUACACCUUCAACCAAUAAACAUUUUCAUUUUAGCAGUCUUAUUUCUCUAUUCCAUGCUCAAAAUAAAAAACAUUCAAGUAUC